AGAGAGAGAGAGAGAGAGAGAGACCGGUGGCACAGUAGCGCUUCGCUAUUCGGGUUCGUAUACGAAGAAGAGAGUCUCUCGAGGUGGCGAUAGAGCGAGGGACGACGCUGCCCGUCGCACGGCCGUACGGCGGUGCAAAAUAAGCGACGCCCAUGGCCGCGAGAGAGGGAAGCCGGCGUGGGCCGUGCCAGUGUUAGAUUGGUCGACGCGACCGACGGGGGCCAAAUCGUUGGGGUGCCGCGUAAGCUCGACCAAUGCGCUGACUCCUAGCCGUUUUUUAUUAAAGUAUUUAUGCCAAAGGACGGAAGAACGGUCGUCUCGUCGGGAACGGAGGACACUCUUGUUUCGGGAUCCGUCGAGGUUACACGCGUUUCACGUCGAGCUCUUUGCGCCCAGCGUGAUCGUGCAUACUGGGGCAUCGUCCUCGAUAAACAUACGUUCUCGUAGUAGAGUGUCAAGCCUGUGGAGUUUUGAGUCUUGCGUGUCCUCGAGGUUCAGUGUUUAUUGGAGUACAGUGUGUUUAUCGUGCCGCCGCCACUGUCGAGGCUGCUACGCUCUGCGGUGUGACAGAACGUCGCAGGCUACAAGGAGGAUACGGUGUUGCCGGAUUUACGUGCUUCGUACGGUGUGCGGUGUGAACAGGCGUUCGGACGAUCCGAUCGAUCAGUCCGGCGCGGAGACUCCCUGAGAUCGUCGUCGGUGGCCCGCGGCUCCUGAGGGCCCUCGCGAUAUCGUCGCAACGGUGACAUUUGGUGGGACUAUCGACUCGACUUGGCAACGACGCUUCGGCUCACAGGGGGCUUGGGGUGGCAAGCAAGCAGGCAGGCAGGCAGGCCGGCAGCUUUCUUCUUCCGAGGACGGCGCUGCUGUUCCAAUCCUCUCUCUCUCUCUCUCUCUCUUUCUCAUUCAAUCCUGCGCUCUCUUUUCUCCUUUCUCUCUCUUUGUCUCUACUCCCCCCCUCCCCUCCUCCGCGUCUACCCCACUUCAUUCUACCUAUCCCUCGUAACACACACACGCGCAUCCUCUCCCACCCUGCUAAGCCAUCCUCAGUCCACGUACCGUUGAGUGCUUGACGUUCUCCUCCCACCCCCCGGGGCGUCACCCCUCCUCAUACUCUCCUCCUUCUCUCUACGAGCUCUCUCUCCUCCCUCCUUUGCUCUUCUCUGCGCGCGCCCCCUAACCUCCAACGGGUCGGGCGAGUCCACUGGUCGUACGAGGGGAGUCUGGCAGACCUCGGCGCUAGUCUGUCGCGGCCUGGAGAAUGUGCUAGUCGGCAUCGAGUAACGCGCGACUUCACCAUAAGCAGCCGACACAGGGCACAAACUACAAGUUUUCUGCAGUAAUUAAGCCUGAAUAGGAAACUCUUUGGCGGAUUAUCGGACGCUGCUCCUGCUGGUCGCGUUCGCGCAUCGCGCGUUCUGUUUUAUCGACCUGCUACGGCGACACUCGCCCAGUGUAUAUCUCGGCGACGGCCAUGUUUGGUGUUUACGCGAGGGGGAAUCGCUGACGUCACACGGGCCGAUCUCACCCGAAGGGAGCAGAAAACGUGUCGGUCGACACCGACGUCCAUCCGACCAUCCCGACUGGCCUAUACGGUUAGGAUCCCCGACGCCGCUAUUAUCUACGUGAAAGUCUUACUACGAGACACGGCGCACCGUUCGCGUCACGACGAGAAACUUGGUGGCACGCGCGAAUCAAAACACGCGAGAGCAGAGCCCGUGGCGCACACCGGUGCCGCGUUUUAUUCUCUCCCGAUGGGACGUGCGUGUCCGCCGUUGUCGCCGCCACUCGUGCUCGCCGUUCGUACUACUGCCAUUGCUGAAAACAUCGAGCACAGCACCGCCUCGUCGCUGAAAUAACCCUCCGCGCGCGCUUAACGGACCGCGAAUAAUCCCCUCACCCGCGACUCCCACGUCGCCAAACACUGAUCGAACGAUACGAAAAACAUCGGCCAUGUCGGCUCUCCCUCUCGAGUCGACGGCACGUGCUCCGAAAUCCUACGCAUAGGACAUCCCGCUAAAAUGAUGUCUUGCUGAGAGCAUCACGAGUCCUCUCGCCGGUGAUUGUCAUAGGUGUUUACGUGCGCCGGAUACUACGGAAUAACAACUGAAGCUCCGUAACAUCCUUGGCACAUAUGAGUGCACCUAGAACAGUGUUUCAUUACGUUCGCAAGAACGCGUUCCCAUUGGAUAUAUAAAUAAAGUGAGUGCCAGUGGCCACCCUGGGAAGGAUUUAAAAUGGAGCUGGGAGACAGAGUUUACGCCGCCGAGCGGAUUACGAAGAAGAGAGAAAAGCGGGGCAAGGUGGAGUACUUCGUGAAGUGGAAGGGUUGGAGCAAAAAGUACAACACGUGGGAGCCCGAGGAGAAUAUCUUGGACGUCAGGUUGAUCGAGCUUUAUGAGGAGAGCCAGAGGGGCGGCGACGUGUCCACUAGGAGGCCUAGACGAAGGGAUGCCCGAUAUAACGUAAGGGACACGUGCUGCAGGAUUGGGUCUGGGGUGGAACAGGUUUUGGCCAAUCUCGUGGUAGAGGAGGAACCGGGUGGAGACGAGAGGAUCGCCGAGGACAGUCAGGACGAAUCGACGACCGGCAGUACCUCGGCGCCACGUUUAAAUCCCGUUGCCCACGACGAGGACACUCUUCCGAGCUCGUUGGACGGUCACGAGUCCCCGGUACCGGUCGAGAGAUCGGCGUCGGCAUUCAGCGUGGACUCCGACAGCUCCAGCAGCAGCGUGGACAUUCCUCUGAUGCCAAGGAGAGAACCGGCCGGGACCAAGAGGAAGGCUGAGGUACUCAGUAAAGAGUCUGGAAAGAUUGGCGUGACGAUCACGACCAGUAGUCCCAGCAGCGGUAGCGGAAGUCCACCUCCCAAUAAGAUUCCUAGGUUACUUCCGUUAAAGGGAAAUCCUACGUCACCCUCGUAUCACAGUCACAAGGUCAACGGCAGAAGGCCAUCUUCGUCGAGCGUCAAAUCAACUCCGGAGGAACCUCUGCCGGCUGUGCCAACGACUCCUGCGCCCGCGGUUCAAGACAAAAAGAGACCGGAAGCUGACGUGCCUCAUGGUCCACCGCCGUCUUUGCCGAGGGCGCCACCGGCGCCUCUGUCACCGCAAAUCGACACUCCGUUGGAACAGCCGACGAAGAAGAGACACUUGUCCGCCGAGCACAAGCAGGAGAAACAAAAUGGUUCGGUGACGAGCGAUACGAAUGGACACAAGUCGCCAAGUCCUACGGAUUCCUAUACGAACAACAACAGGUUACCGAGCGUUGUCAAUGGCCAUCAUAAUCACAACAACAACAACAACAAUAACAAUAAUAACAAUACGCCGAGCGCUAAGCAAACGGAAAUCACCAAACCGGAAAUGUACGUCCCUCCUCUCACGAGUCCCAGUACGGAUUAUUGGCACGCGAGAAAUCCGGUUGCCGAUCAGGUAUUUAUUACUGACGUCACUGUCAACCUGAAGACCGUUACCAUCAGGGAGUGCAAGACUGAGAAGGGAUUCUUCCGGGAGAGGGAUCCCAAAAGCGAUAUCUACUAACGUUCCACCAAGGAACCUUCGUCGUUCGAAUGAUACACGCGAAAAUUAUAUAUUCAAACCCAUGUAAAUAUAAAUUAUUUUCCAAAACGUUCUGAACUGGUUCGGCCCGGUGUUCAAUGCUCGGAACGUGAAAUUUUAAUUAUACACUCUCGUAGAGCCACGCAUGCUUCAUUGAUGAAUAAACCUAGCUGGUACACUUUGAGGAUUGACGGUGAUUGAGACUGACUACAAGUUCUGCCUAAUUGGGAAAAAAAUGAAGUUUAAGGAAGUUCAGAAAUGUGUUAAACGAAUGUGAGCUACGGUUACGUGACUUUCGGUCCGGAGCCAAUGUUAAAUGGACGAUACCCUGUACUAUCGCUUAGGAAAUUAAAUUCCAAAGUGAUACGACACCCUGUGGACUCUGCCGUGCGCUCACGAGAGACACAGACACGGAUUCCGCAUUUGUACAUUUUAAAACGCUUCAUAGAAAUUAGAUAUGCUAAAAGAUCUGAAACGAUGUUAGAUUGUAUAAUAUAACCGAGUUUUUCGAUGAUAUCGAAUUUAGGAAUCGUAAUCGGAUGUCGAAUCGAUUGUCAACCGGAAGUAUAAGGUACUCUGGGCAGAAUUCUCUAACGGGGAGAAAAGAUUGUCGAAUAUUUUCACAAUAAAAAAUAUUCGAUAGCACCUUGUUGGUCACGUGCAACAGAAAGUCCGUCAAGUGUCACGAGAGUGCGGAAAGGUUUACUUGUUUCUGUUUUUAUUUUUAUUUUAUUUUUUUUUUUUUAAUUGGUUCCUAGAUGCUCUGCUUCGCAAGCUAGAGGAUCGUCAUGCGGAACGAAAAAUAGUUCCGUCACGUUUCCUUUGCCGCUAAACUUCAAACGUCGAUUGAAGCGGCGAUGAGAGAGAGAGAGAGAGAGACAGUAAAAGAAAACGGAGAACCGAACGAAGGAGACAGGGAAAUAAUGUCGGCCGAGGAUGAAUGUUUUUAUUCAAAGCGCGUUGUAUUUCGCAACGAUGAUAUUAUUAUAUUUACCGAUGAAUGUUGUCUUUUUUUUAUAUAUUAGGAUAUAAAUGAAAAAAUACCAAGGAACGUAUACGUGCUCUUUAUCGUAGUUUUUUUUUUUUAAUGUCGCAAGGGGGUUCGUUCUGUUAUCAAUCUUUGGCUAACGAAUUUUCUAAGAUCCUUCUUUAUGUUUUUCGCAAUUGGACACCCAUUGCGUAUACAAAGUUGCAUGAGAUCGUAGUACACGCCUGCUCGUACGCCCGUGUCUCCCUUUACGCGUACGCGACAAUUUCUACGAGUAUCACGUUUACGUUCCAUUGUUCCGAAAUAUAUAUACGAGCUGUUCGAAAUCUGUUUGACGUGGCUUUCCUCGCCGAUAGCUAUAUGCAUUUUUGUUGUUGUUCUUGUUUUCAAUUCCACAAUUGAUUCUCCGGUUGAUUUUAAGCAUGAUUUAUCUCUCGCGGUAACGUCCAAGACGCGUUUAUAGGUUUGACGAAUCAUAAAGACUUCUUUUCGUUUACUUUGGAUACGAUACCGAGUCGCGCGACGUAAGAGCGGCAAUCGGUUAUCCCGGAAAUAUGAUGUCGGCGGAGCGAAGGUGAAAGAGAAAAGAAAAGAAAAGAUAAAAAAACAAAGCAGUACUAGAAAACUAACAGAAAUUAAAGAAUGACCAAAUUGUUAUCUUUUACCAAGCUUAGACGCUACUCGAUCGCCAUUUAUUUAUACUACGCAUAAACUCGGUGCAUUUCUUAUGCACAUUCAGAACCAGUACAUCCGUGAUAUAGAUAUAUAAUAUACAUAUACAUAUAAAGCUGAUCAUAUAUGUUGCUUAUUUAUUAUAAUUAUUAAUACGAUGAUUUUUAGGUUUUUACAUUCUUAGUAUAGUAUUAUUAGACUACGUACACGCGAUAUUCCACUAAAGACGAUUUUACGUAGAAACUUUUUUGUUUAUUGUUUCUUUUCUUUUUAAUCCAAUUUACAAUGCCCAUUCGUUAAAGCAAGCGAAGAACCGAUUAAAAUGGCUGUGCGGAUGUACAUUUUAUUUUACGUCGUGCGGCCGAUCGCAUUUUAUUUUGAUACCUGGCUAAGCGAGGGUCUAUAAGAACUGGGAUUAAUUGAUAAUCAUUGAUCGUAUUAUCUUAUAUUAUUGUACGGUACGGAUUUCUCUUUGGUGGAAUGAUGCGUGCACAAAUUAAAAUGGGGUUCCUUGCAACGCAUGUUGCGCCGGAACGUAUAACAGACAGAUUAAUUGUUGUAACAAUAAGGAAAAAAUGAUGAAAUUGACACUGUACAUUGACGAAGAGUCCUGUAAAAAAUGUAUAUAAACGAGACACUCCUUGUACGUUAUAGUGUAAACAAGUCGAGGAGAAGCCCAAGCGAUAGUUAUAAAAAUCCUGAGUUAUCAAUUGUAUAUAGAAAUGAAAAAGAAACAGAGGAAACCCCUUUAAGUUGUACAUGUAUAAGGCUGCAAAAGCAGGUGGCGACAGAGGGAUAAAAUUGAAUGCGGAUAAGGAGGAAGAGAGGAAGAGGAAGAAGACUAUGAACGAUCCUUCUUAGGCUUAGAAUUUCGAGAUAGACUGUGCGGCGUACCUUCGAUAUUGUUUCUGUACUUAUAGACCCUCCACCUAUGCGAUAACAACAUAAAAAGCAACAGGAUGAAGAUAACGCAGGCAUACACGAUAUGUGAACCCCGGUAGCACCAAAUCCAACAGUAAUUUUAGUUCUGUCUGGUACAGAUUCCUUAUAUUUCAAUAAAAUCAUUACUUGAACUA